AUGCGAUGGAGGAGCCAGCAAGGCCCACCGGAGCUGUUCCCGGAUUGGAGCCACUCGCCUGGUGAGGCGCUCCGGUCCGCCACCGUCCACUGUGGGCACUUCCUUUCCUUCCUACCGGCUGCCUCCCAUGAAGCGGGCUUCGGGAAGCUUUCAGGCGACCGGGUAAACCUGCGCCGUCCGCCUCGGAGUUGGCUAGCGGCCACUAUCACCGAGCUCUACAAUGCGACCGGGCAGUGUGACCCGGAAGCAGACUCAGCUACCGAAGGUAAACCAUUGGUGAUAUCUAAACAGAAGACUGCAGUGGUGUGUGGAGUCCCCACCCAAGUGGUCUGCACAGCGUUUAGCAGUCACAUCCUGGUGGUGGUGACCCAGUUGGGGAAGAUGGGUACCCUGGAACCCAGCAGUGUGACCAGUGACAUUGGCAAGCCUGUGCUUACCACUAAAGUCCUCCUCGGGAAGGGUGAGCCUCUCAUCCAUGUCUUCGCAAAGAACCUGGUGGCAUUUGUGUCUCAAGAAGCUGGAAACAGAGCAUUUCUCACCCUGGACAGGAAGGACAAGAGCAUGGUGGUGGUGAAGGCUCUGAAGGAGGUGAUCCAGACGUGCCAGGUGUGGUGACCCUGGAGUGGCCACCCCUGCUGUCCAGGAGGGCCAUGCAGCAACUCAGACACCCUCUCAAGGAUUUGAAGGUCCUCCUCUAGUUAGGAGGAGCUCUCUCUGGCUUUGGCCCUUGAAGUUCAAAGAAACAAACACCUCAGGCUGACCUUGGUUUGGAGGCUGAUGCCCCUGUGGCAGGAGGACAGGAAACAUGUCCUGAGAAGGUUGUGAGUCCUCCUCCCCAGGUCCAGACAGCUGCACACGUGUGAGAACUGACAUAAUGAGUCAUGGCCCUCAAUUUUGGGGGGGA